GUUUUUGUCUUAUUAAUAGACUUGGAUCUUCUGUUUAAUAAACAAACAUGAGUCAUGUGAAGUUGUUUGCAGCUACGGUGAAGUGGUAUGGCAUUAAAACUCUGCAAAAGCCAGACGUAGCCAGAAGGGUAUUUUUCCGUGGCCAACGUUAUGUUUCAUCAGGAACCUCAGAGCCAUUCCUGAGUGGAAGUAAUUCAAAUUAUGUGGAGGAAAUGUAUUAUGCAUGGCUUGAAAACCCUCAAAGUGUACAUAAGUCUUGGGAUUUGUUUUUCCGUAAUGCGAACGCUGGCCAAACGUAUGAUCCUCAACUACCAGAUCAGUUGGAAAGAAAGGCAUCGUUUCUUCAGAGCCAUGGCCUGGCCCAGACACCGGGGAAAGCUGAAAAACUUGUUGAAGAUCAUCUUGCUGUGCAGUCUUUGAUAAGAGCGUACCAAAUCCGUGGCCAUCAUGUGGCUCAGCUAGAUCCUCUUGGGAUUCUGGAUGCAGACUUGGAUUCGUUUGUUCCAUCUGACUUAAUCACUACAAUCGAUAAACUUGGGUUUUACGGCUUGCAUGAAUCAGAUUUGGACAAAGUCUUUCAACUACCUACAACCACCUUCAUAGGAGGAAAUGAGAACAGUCUUUCUUUACGAGAGAUCAUCAAACGGCUGGAGAAUACCUACUGCCAACACAUAGGCUUGGAAUUUAUGUUCAUCAAUGAUGUGGAGCAGUGCCAAUGGAUCCGGCAGAAGUUUGAGACACCAGGUGUUAUGAAGUUUACAAAUGAGGAAAAAAGGACUUUGCUGGCACGGCUGGUACGCUCAAUGAGAUUUGAAGACUUCCUUGCUCGCAAGUGGUCUUCUGAGAAGAGAUUUGGUUUGGAAGGAUGUGAAGUAAUGAUUCCUGCACUUAAGACGAUCAUUGAUAAAUCCAGUGAAAUGGGAAUUGAAUACGUUAUAAUGGGGAUGCCUCAUAGAGGUAGGCUGAAUGUAUUGGCUAAUGUCAUCCGAAAAGAGCUGGAACAGAUCUUCUGUCAGUUUGAUCCCAAACUUGAAGCAGCUGAUGAGGGAUCUGGAGAUGUAAAAUAUCAUCUGGGAAUGUAUCAUGAGAGGAUAAACAGAGCAACAAACAAGAAGAUUACUCUGUCCCUGAUGGCUAACCCUUCUCACUUGGAAGCAGUCGAUCCCGUUGUGCAGGGGAAGACAAAGGCUGAACAAUUUUAUCGAGGGGAUACUGCAGGGAAAAAGGUUAUGUCCAUAUUGUUACAUGGAGAUGCUGCCUUUGCAGGACAAGGUGUCGUUUAUGAAACAUUUCAUCUUAGCGACCUUCCUUCUUACACCACAAAUGGAACUAUUCACGUUGUUGUCAACAACCAGAUUGGCUUCACCACAGACCCCCGUAUGGCACGUUCGUCUCCCUAUCCUACUGAUGUUGCUCGUGUGGUCAAUGCUCCCAUUUUUCAUGUGAAUGCUGAUGAUCCUGAAGCAGUGAUGUAUGUGUGCAGUGUAGCUGCAGAAUGGCGAAACACAUUCAACAAAGAUGUGGUUGUUGACUUAGUUUGUUACCGUAGGAGAGGGCACAAUGAAAUGGAUGAACCAAUGUUCACCCAGCCCCUAAUGUACAAGCAGAUUCACAAGCAAGUGCCAGUGCUGAAGAAGUAUGCUGACAAACUGAUCGCAGAUGGGACUGUAACACUGCAGGAGUUUGAGGAAGAAAUUGCAAAGUAUGAUAGAAUAUGCGAAGAAGCAUAUACCAGAUCUAAGGAUAAUAAGAUUCUACACAUUAAACACUGGCUUGAUUCACCUUGGCCUGGAUUCUUUAAUGUGGAUGGAGAACCCAAGAGCAUGUCCUGUCCUCCAACUGGCAUUUCAGAAGACCUGCUGACUCACAUUGGCAAUGUAGCUAGUUCAGUGCCAGUCAAAGACUUCAAAAUACAUGCAGGACUCUCCCGAAUUUUGAGAGCCCGCUUGGAAAUGACCAAGAACAGGGUUGUUGACUGGGCCUUGGCAGAAUACAUGGCUUUUGGCUCUUUUCUGAAAGAAGGGAUUCAUGUCCGAUUGAGUGGACAAGAUGUAGAGAGGGGCACUUUUAGCCAUCGCCAUCAUGUGCUUCAUGAUCAAGAAGUUGACAAAAGAACGUGUGUUCCCAUGAACCACCUCUGGGAGCAGCAGGCCCCCUAUACUGUGUGCAACAGCUCCCUUUCCGAAUAUGGUGUCUUAGGUUUUGAACUUGGCUUCGCUAUGGCAAGUCCGAAUGCCCUGGUGUGCUGGGAGGCUCAGUUUGGUGACUUCCACAACACGGCACAGUGUAUAAUAGACCAGUUCAUCAGCUCAGGGCAGGCUAAGUGGGUUCGUCACAACGGGAUUGUUCUGCUCUUGCCACAUGGCAUGGAAGGAAUGGGUCCAGAGCAUUCAUCAGCCAGGCCUGAAAGGUUUCUGCAGAUGAGCAAUGACGAUUCUGAUGCUUAUCCAGAGUUCAGCAAACAGUUUGAAGUUUCCCAGCUGUAUGAAUGCAACUGGAUUGUGGUGAAUUGUUCAACUCCAGCCAACUACUUUCAUGUCCUCAGAAGACAGAUCUUGCUGCCAUUCAGAAAACCGUUAAUCAUUUUGACACCCAAGUCACUGCUGAGGCAUCCAGAAGCUAAAUCCAGUUUUGACGAAAUGGUCUCUGGUACCACUUUUCAACGUGUGAUUCCUGAGAAUGGACUGGCAGCUCAAGCACCACAUGAGGUCAAGCGAGUGAUUUUCUGUACAGGAAAAGUGUACUAUGAUCUUGUGAAAGAGAGAAAGAAUCAAGACUUGGAGAAACAAGUAGCUAUAACCAGACUUGAGCAGAUCUCACCAUUCCCAUUUGACCUGCUCAAAGAAGAACUUGACAAGUAUCCAGACGCAGAUCUAGUUUGGUGUCAGGAGGAACACAAAAACAGUGGAUAUUAUGAUUACGUCAAACCUCGUUUCCGCACGAUUGUGAACCACACUCGACCUAUUUGGUAUGUUGGCCGAGAGCCUGCUGCUGCAGCUGCCACAGGCAACAAGAACACACAUCUGGUGUCGCUCAGAAGGUUCCUGGAUACAGCUUUCAACUUGGAGGCCUUUGAGGGAAAGACAUUCUAACUGCAGGACACUGUCUCAUCUCUAUCUACGACUGUCUCAAAUUUCAGCAGCCAAGGGAAGAAUUAAAAGUGAAUAGGAAAAAUGCUGGAAAUUAUAUAAGGAUCCAGCAACUAACUUCAUUACUCUGCACUUUUCUCCCAGUUUGUAAGAAAAAAACAACAAAAAAAAGCAACUUCCACCAUUUUCUGUCACUUUUCUAUUUAGUUUGGGAAAUCUUUGGGACAAGGAGAAUCUAGCUUAGAAAGGCUCUGAUCUCAGACUGUAGACAUUUUCAAAUUGCUCGAAGUUGAGCAGGCAUGGACAGCAUGAUGUCACUGUGCACAUAGCCAAAAAAGAGGAAAGUGAGUUUGGAAGCCAUUAAAGAAACAAGAUGCAUCAUUUGACAACGAUUGACAGUUGUUUCUAGACAUAUUGGAGAGGAAUAACAGAACCAAAAAGCAAAGUUGCUACCAUGACACUGAUGGAUUACUUAGGUACAGAAGUGUACUGGGUGUGGGUUUGGAAAGAGAUGGUAAACUGCCAUGACAAGGCUCGAAACAGGGAGUCAGGAUUACAAAGUCAGUUAACUAUGGGUGAUUACAGAAGCGGUGUGGAUGACUUGGAUAUAAGAUAGAGGCACCACAAUGGAGCUCACCACAGCUGUCAGAGCAGUGGCAUAUCAACAGGAGAGUUGAGCAGCAAAGUGAUGAUGAAUGAAUUCAGAGUAAGAAAUGACAACGCCAGUUGUUUCCAUUCCUUUGGGUGCCUGAUUUGAUGCCUUACGGUAUGUAGGAAACUGGGGGGUCCUAUGAACAUCCUCAUUUUGAAUGGCUUCUUUCUCUCACCAUAUUACAAGGAUUUGCCACCUUUGACCUGGUAGCACCUGUAAAAAGGCUGUGAGAAAUGUGCAUUUGUCAGCAAGUAUUGGGUUCUCUGCUUUGUCCAGUUUUAAUCACUCCCUCAAAUUUCCUUGUUGAUGUUAAUUCAACUCUGAAAUGUCAGUUCCCAAUUCAUUGAUCCAUUUUUAUGUUGAAGAAGGUGGGCAAGCAACAUUUGCUGAUUGACCAAAAGCACAUGCUGUAUUUUUAUCUUAAAUUGUAAUUGAUUUUGUUGAUCCUUUGUGCUUACUUGUUGGUUAGGCUAUCAAUUGCUAUUUACUUUCAGUAUGGGCAUAAAGGGGAACUUCCUCAAAGGGCUCAUCCUCUGCCAGGCAGCUGAGGGACAGCAAGUUCAAGAAGGUGGCAGGGAGCAGCAAGGGGAUGGUUGCGCUCUAGAGAGAGUGCUUGGCUGCAUUGGAGGCACUGCAUGGCAGGGUGAUCUCAAAUUGCUUGAGCUUCAUCUGCUCAAGUGCCAGAAAGCAGGUGGGCACAGGUUUCCACUCUCCUCUCUGUGUAAGACCUAGUGUUGUUGGAUGUUCUGCUCCAUCUGCUCCAGGAGAAAUGGGAUAGGGGGGUGAGCUUUUUGGCUGCAGAUUCUGCAACACUACAGCCUGUAUAGUGGCAAGAGACUUUAUCCUUUCCUUCUGCGUUCUGUGGGAUGACAGAGGGAAGUGUGCAGUUAGGGAAAUAAGGGGUGUGGCAGGAAUCAGAGGAAUGGCUGUGCCUGUGUUGAGGCAGGAAACAAUACCAAGCUGUGAGGGCCCUGUGCUCCUGCAGUGCCUGAGGGUUGUGCUAGAUCCAUUCAUAACGAGUGACUGGAAAACACAGAGGAGUCCGCCAUCUCCAAUUCCCUGUCCUGAAUGUGCUCCUGGGACAUGCUCUUGUUCCUGGAAGUAAGUUCUACCCUGUUGUUGCUGUAUUGGCUGUGACAUAAUAAGGCUUGACAGUUUAUGCUUGAUGGAAAUAAUCAAGUGAUGCUGCAAAGCAUCUUGUCAAAGUAAAAAGCUCUAUUAAAAACUUUGAGCUAUGAUCACUUGCUGCUAGUACAAGCAGGUUACCAAAAGGCGAUGUGCACCCAUGCUGUCCCUUCACUUCAUUCCACAGCCUGGAGGUAGCAUGGUAAAAAUAAAAUCCUCCUAUCAGAGCAUAAAAUUGGUGUGCUAAGGUGCUUACCUGGGUUCCAGAACCAAACUUAGUCAAACAUUUAUGAAAAAUCAGUAGCAUCCUUUUAAAUUAGGCUGGUUGCCUUGGGCUUUCUCUGUCAUUGAAACGCUGAAGUUAAUUCAAUCUUUUGAAACCUAAUGAACUUGGAAAAUACUGCUGUUGACAGCAGUGAAAAUUGCCUCCUGUCCAUUUCUGCAGUUCAAAACAUUACGCUGAUGGGCAGUAACCAUCACCCAAAGUAUUUUAAUGCUUCUAUGAAUCUGUGUUUCUGUGGUAAUAAUUGAAUGCGCCUAAAUAUUGCUGGCACCAUUCAUUGUGUUCUCAGUCUGCAUAAAGCAGGUCAAUGCUGCAUGAAAUAUGAUAAAUGCAUUUAUGCCACAGUAUAUGCAGAGGUAAGAAACAAAAUUAACAUAGAAAUGUAAGUGGUGAAUGGCAGGUUUCCAUUUUCAUUGUGUAUCAUAGAUUGUGGCAUAAUAGUUGCAUAAAAAUUCCAUCAGAGAAUGUAAAAAAACCACAAAACAAUAAAAUAUGU